AUGAAAGAAAUUAAUCGGAAAAAAAAACCAUGCUCCGGUUUUUUGCCGCAAAUGGUUAGAGUCGAUAACAAAAGUUUAUAUGAACCAAAAAUUAUAGCUCAAGAAUUUAACAAAUAUUUCACUCAUAUAGGACCAACACUGUCUGAAAAAAUCCCUAAGACCAAAUCUUUGUUUACUGACUCGCUAGAACUCCUGGCUAAUUACAUUUGUUCAGAUGAGUUAGCUUCCGAAUUAAUGUUUGAUGAGUUUGAAAAAGCCUUUAAAUCUGUUUUAAAAAAUAACACAAUUGCAGCAUAUCAAAUUAAUGGAAACAUGGUACCAAACAAUGCUGUUCCACUUCAACCAGCAAUGAACAACCCUUUUUUCCAACAACCUAUGCAAUCUCAAAACUUUUCUGCCCGAGAAGACAAUUCUGGCUGGACUGUCACUCGACCAACUCCUGCACCGAGACAAGACGUUAAAAAACCGCAACUAAGUACUCAAGAUCCUUUUGCUUUCCUCAAUAAUCAAACUGGUUCUAAAAACUCGUCAGAACCUUAUACUAGUUUUCAGUGGCAAACUAUGGCUGUUACAAGAGCACAGCUGACUUGUCCUGUUUAUGGCAUUCAAUGUGAACUUGCUUCUCACAAGCUUCUGUUAACGAUUUUACACAACAUUAUUUUGUUAAAUUAUAACUUCCCAGGAUUGCCAAGCACAAUAGUUUCUAGAGUUUCUAAAAUUGUGACAGACAUUUGGUUAAAAUCUGACAUUUCAACUGUUACAAUCAAAAGAAGUAUUAAAGCAUCAGUUAGUAUUGCCUCUGAUAUAGAUGCAGAAAAUACUUCCAUUGAUGAGGAAUUUAUUGACACUCAGAGCAAUGCUGGUAACUAUCAAUUGUCAGAUUUCUGUGAUACAGGUAGCAAAUUUGGUGGAAAUAUGAAAUUUCCAACAGUUACUAAAGAAUGUGACAGGUAUGGUGUAUCUGAUGCUGUUGGAACUGCUGAGUUAAUAAUAAAAACCUUGAUAGAGUUAUUCCAAGAAGUUUUUGAUCGUUACAAGAGCGAUAAAGAGGGAAAUCAAAAAGAAUCACAAGAAAAAAACAAUUUACCAGCUGACAAUGUCCAAGAAACAGAAACGUUUGACAAAAAUGAAAUAAAUGAGAAUCAAACUGAAGGAGGUUUGUUGAACUGGGAUACCCUUAAUGAUCAAAUAAAAGUUAUGCAAAAUGAUGUCAAUGAAGAUUCAUCUUUUAUGACAGACUUUCAAGGUCAAAAACAAACAACCAACCCAUUUGAUGAUGACAACUUUGUUUUUAAAACUGAAGAAAACAUAGAUUUGUUUGGAAGUGUUUCUUUAUUUUCAGACACAACUACAGUUAAAACUAAUAAUAAUGCCUCCGAUGACUUAUUUAAUCUAAUAGCUUCUCCUCCCCCUGCUCCUGAAAGACAUUUUUCUGAUGAUUUUUCUGACGGCUCGCUAUUAAUCAGUGAUCCGUUUGCUGAAUUAAAAAAGAACAUUAAUGAACUGCACAAACAAACUAAAUUUCAACAACAACAACCAUUUGGUUACCAAGGCGUGUUUCCUUCGACUCCUGUUGCUUUUCCCCAAUACCAACAGUCUGGGUUUCAAAAUAGUUUAUACCACCAGCCUCAACUAGCAGUAAACAAUCCAUUUGCACCUACUGCAAAGUUUCCUCUUAAUGUUGCUUCUCAUCACCAGGCACCAAACAAUGCUGUUCCACUUCAACCAGCAAUGAACAACCCUUUUUUCCAACAACCUAUGCAAUCUCAAAACUUUUCUGCCCAAGAAGACAAUUCUGGCUGGACUGUCACUCGACCAACUCCUGCACCGAGACAAGACGUUAAAAAACCGCAACUAAGUACUCAAGAUCCUUUUGCUUUCCUAAAUAAUCAAACUGGUUCUAAAAACUCCACUGUCUCCGCUUCGUCUCCGAAACUACUCAAAGAAACCUCGACACCUCGUAACGAUGUGUUUGAUUUGCUAAGCUAACUCAAACUAUGGCGUUAAAGAAAUUUAAAAAAAAUUGUAAUAAAAUGGUUUCUGUCUAAAGUGGUGUUAAUAGU